GAUUAUUUGGGAGGAAAAAACCCCUCUCAGGAAUGUCGAUGGCACUGAAAGUUUUGAUCGACGGGUAUAAACCUUCAAACUCAGAGGAGCAGGAAGCAAAGGCUGUUGGCAAAGUGUUCCCGGUCGAUUAUACUCCUGAAUGGCUGUGAGUGGAACAGGGAGCUGGACGUGAGAGUUUCACAAUCAAGUUUCCUUGACAACAGACAUGUCCUUACAAUUAGAAUCUCAGAAGGUUUCUCGCAUUAUUGAGUCUCUUCAGGCCAAAAUUGGUGGUGGGGACCUGUGUGCUGAUGAACUGUCUUCCAUUGUGUGUAUGUUACGGAGUCCUGGCUUCCAAAAGUUGUUGACGUUACAAGAUUCCAUUCAAGAGCUUCAGCACUUGGCUUCAGUACAGGGAAUUUCUGAAGAGGAUUUUGACUUCUCCCCAUGUGGCGAGCUAUUAAUCAGUGAUAACCCAGAUGGAGCAGUCAUAAAACCUGUUGAGGACAACCAACUAGAAUCUGACCCUUCCGGUGAACAGGCUUAUGCUGGACCUGGCGGUGCCAUAUCAACUCAUAAAUAUAACAUCGAAUUCCAGAGAGCUAUAGAAAAGUCUGCCCAAGGCAGAGAAGUGGAAACUAUUCAGCUUGUGAAAGAAGAAAACAAGAGUUUGGGAUUCAGCGUGGUGGGACUCAAAAGUGAAAACCAAGGCGACCUUGGCAUUUUUGUGCAAGGAAUUCAACCAGGUGGAAUUGCACACAAAGAUGGCAGGCUACAGGAAGGGGAUCAGAUCCUUGCUAUUGAUGGCCAACCAUUAGACAUCUCCCAUCACCAGGCCAUCAAGAUCCUGCAGAGUGCAAGCGGCUUUGUGGAGGUAGUGGUUGCUCGCGGUUCUAUUCCUGCUUUUGAGCAGUCUGAGAGUGAGACAACAGAGCCUGCUAACACUGGCGCCUCGGAUCAGUCUGCGGAUAUGGUGUUAAACACAGACUGGACCCAGAUUGAAGUAAUAGAUGUUAUAAAUGAUGGCAGUGGGUUGGGCUUUGGUAUCAUCGGAGGAAGGAGUACUGGUGUUGUGGUCAAAACCAUUCUUCCUGGAGGGGUUGCCGAUAAUGAUGGCAGGCUGCGAAGUGGUGAUCACAUUCUCCAAAUCGGGGAUGUGAACGUGCGAGGUAUGAGCUCCGAGCAGGUAGCGUCCGUCCUGCGACAAUCUGGCAGUCAUGUGCGCCUGGUUGUGGCCCGUGCUGUCAUGGAACCAGCCCCUAAUCCUGUCGCCCAUGCCCCUAUCAUUCCCACCAACCAGCUGGAUGAACAGUUACAGAAUCUGUUUGGUUCAGACAGCCAAGAGAAUAUUGAUCUCUCAGGGCUUACAGAAGAACAGAUGAAGAGUCUACGAUCUAACCCACCAAUACUUCCAGGGUUUCUCGGUGCAGUGGAGGUUUACCCUCAACCAGAGGACACUGAGUCUGAUUCCCCUGAUAUGGAAAUGUUCGAUGUGGAACUUAUUAAGGAUUCUCAGGGACUUGGCAUCACCAUUGCUGGCUAUGUAGGAGGGGAGAAGUCAUCAAGUGAAGAUGAAUUAUCGGGUAUUUUUGUGAAAAGCAUAGGAGAGGGCAGUGCUGCAGCUGUUGAUGGGAGAAUAGCUGUCAACGACCAAAUUGUUGAGGUUGAUGGUCAAUCACUACAAGGCUUUACGAACCACCAAGCUGUGGACGUACUGCGUACAACAGGGCAGAUUGUACACCUGAAGCUGAUCCGAUACAAACAUGGCCCCAAAUACGAACAGCUACAACAGUACCAUGCUCAGUCAAACCAAUUGUCAAUGGAUGGCCAGCCUAUGAUCUUACAAAAUGGAUCUGUGGAAGAGUUUGACUCUUUUACCUCACAAGUUUACCAUGCACUUGAUAAGCCAGUGGCCUUGGAAAAUAUCAACAUUUACACAGAGGACUAUAGUGGUGAUCUGCUGCCAGAUGUGGAAGCUGCCAUCAAGGCCUGUUGGGAACCUAUUGUUGGGGAAGAUUUUGAAGUGACGGUGGCUCAGUUGUCCAAAUUCCAAGAUGGUGGUGGGCUAGGGAUAAGCCUGGAGGGAACAGUGGAUGUGGAGAAUGGUGUGGAGGUGCGUCCCCACCAUUACAUCCGCUCCAUCCUGCCCCAGGGACCUGUGGGACUUAAUGGCAGACUUCAGAGUGGAGAUGAACUCUUGGAGGUUAAUGGUAAACGCCUGCUCGGGUUGAACCAUGUAGAAGUGGUUAGCAUUCUGAAGGAGCUGCCACGCCAUGUUCGGAUCGUGUGUGCCAGAAGACAGAAACCUGCCCCAGAAACCUAUGCACAAAACAAAGACGAUAAGUUCUUUACCUCGUCAUUCUACACCGGAGUGCAGGCCAGUUCAGCGCCCAUGUAUGACCGACUGGUCAAGUCCAAGUCCGAGAUGGCCUUGUCCUCUCCUGACCAUACUGCUGUCCAGAACUCGCUUAACAAGAUGAAGUCCAGGUCACUGGAACCACUGACAGGCUUAGCCAUGUGGAGUAGUGAACCAGUGGUCAUAGAACUCACCAAAGGUGAUAAGGGACUUGGCUUUAGCAUUCUAGACUAUCAGGACCCCAUGAAUCCAUCAGAUACAGUGAUAGUUAUUCGAAGUCUGGUGCCAGGGGGAGUUGCACAACAAGAUGGCCGAUUGGUACCUGGAGAUCGACUGAUCUUUGUUGGAGAAGUCAACCUGGAGAAUGCCACUUUAGAUCAGGCUGUGCAAGCUCUUAAGGGAGCUCCCAAGGGACUUGUACGAAUUGGGGUUGCCAAACCGUUACCAAUACCAGAAAGCUUACACGAAAGUCCAGAGACCCCUGCCUUAAGCACCAAUGUUGAGGGUGCUCCCGUGUUGAGUAUAAACACAGAGGUGAAUCAGGGUAAAGACACAAGUGAUGGGGAAAUCUCCGGGCCAGCUUUGUCACCAGCUCUCCCUGAUUUCCCAAAAGUUUACUCUCCUUUGAUACUGAGUUCAGACUCCGAACCAGAGACUAAUAUGAUCGCUGAGCUGGACUUAGAGAGAGCUUUUGAGGAGAACCUGUCGAGAGAAGACUUAUCAGAGUCUACAAAGAGGCAUUCUUUUACUUCCCAAACAUUACUUCAUGCUCCUGGAGAAGAAGGGGUUUCAGGGACUGCCUUGCCUUGCGAGGACCAAGCUUCCAUAAUGGACAGUUCUGUAACUGGUGAUGUGGAACAGUUUUCAAGUAUUCAGCCUGUGUGGGAUGAUGACCUGAGUGAGCAGCCUCCACCCUUUCAACCUGCGAGGACGUCUCCGUUAGUGGAACCAUCAGAAGUGGCUGUGAACUAUCAAAUGAGAGAAGCAGCACCGGACGAGCGUUCUGGCCACUCUUCACCAGAUGAGCAAGUCGAAUCUGAGUUACGAACCCCUGUCAUUCUGGCCAAACCUGCAACUGCCCCUAAACCCUAUUCACUGCUAAGAACAGUGCAGGCCACAGCCAAACAGUCUCCCAGCCCUCGGAAGAGCUUGGAGGCUCAGUCUUACACGAAGACCAAUCUAUUGUCAGUACCGGUGGAAAAAAUGUCACGCAGUCAUGAGAAUACACCACCUCCUGUGCCACCAAAACCUAAAUUUAUUUUGGAGUUUCACUCGAAAGGACAGGAGACUCCUCCCCCAGCGCCCCUGUCCUCUCCUCCACCACUCCAGGAGAAGGAAGCAGACUUAACAGCCAUGAGGCCCGAGGAGGAGAUUCAGGUGAGCCUUGCGUCUCAUUUCAUGCACAAGAAGACGGAGAGCAUGGACAGUUCUGUGUCCUCGUCUUCAGAACCUAUAACCUCAAGUGACCUUAAAGCGGUGAGCACGCCCUCGACACCAUGUACUCUCUCCCCCAGGAUGUCUCCGCUGGCUUCACCCAGUCUCAUGCGUGCCUGGUCAAGUUCACCUAACGCUCUUCCAGCAUCUUUAGAAAAAACCAUAAAAAUUAAAAAAGGCAACGAUCAUUUAGGUUUAACUGUUGAAGCUGUUGAUAAAGGAAUCAAUGGCUGCAUUGUAAAGUCCCUUGUUAAAGGUGGCGCCCUUGGCAAAGAUGGCAACAUUAUGGCAGGCGACUUCAUUGUCAGCAUGAACAACGAAACCAUGAGACGAAUAACUAAUGCUCAAGCCCGUGCCAUUUUGAGAAGAGCAUCACUGUUGAGUACAGACAUUAGCAUCACCUAUGUGACGGCAGCUGAUGUGGCAUCAUUUAGAGAAACUUCGUCUGUAGACUCACGUACCCAGAGUCCAACAGCGCAUGCUCUCAUGACAUCACCCAAGAUCUUUCCACGGUAUUACCGUUCACCGCUUUCCACAUCACAAAAAAAAGAACCCCCUGUUUCUUCCCCCAGCAAGACUGGAUUUCAGACAAGCAGCCAUGUGGAGAAUUCCUUGGUAUCGCCGCUUACCAGUGAGAUCCAAGUUAAUGUCAACCAGACUAUUGUGUCAGGCUCUUCCUCGCCAAGUUCACCUCUGCCACCUCCACCACCUGCCAAUUCGCCACCACCAGUCGUCAGCUCACCGCCUCCUCCACCUGUGAGCUCACCUCCACCACCUGCUGCAACUUCACCUCGUCAAAAAUCCCUGGCUGCUGAUGGCUCACCAGCAAUAAGUGAGCAGACCUGGGGACCUGCCAGAGUCAUUCAACUAGAGAGGGACCCUGGCAAAAGUUUAGGAAUAAGUAUUGUAGGUGGUCGAGUAGAUUUAUUUCAGGCUGCCCAGGAGAAUACAAUUUCUGGCAUCUUCAUUAAACAUGUGCUGGAGGACAGUCCUGCAGGGAAAAACGGAACAUUAAAGACUGGGGACCGUAUACUAGAGGUGGAUGGAGUAGACCUUCGAAACGCCACCCAUGACCAAGCUGUAGAAGUAAUACGCAGAGCAACGAAUCCUGUGAAAUUUGUUGUUCAAAAUCUGGUUGAUUCAAGCUGUCCUAGAGAUCUGCAGGAGGCAGAUUCCAAGUCAGUCCAGUCUUAUGACGAAGGCUUAUCUGUGGCUGGCCACAAGAAGACAACUGGCGAUGGGACAGAAGCCAGAAUUUCUAUGCAGGAGAAUGCUUCCUUUACAUUUUCUGAAGUAAAUAACGAGGCAAAGACAGAAGUAAACAACGAAGGGGAAGAUUCUUAUGAGUCGUUGCAGGAGAAGUAUGGAGAGUUGAAUGGUGUGUUACAUGUGGUGGAGCUGCCGCGCAGUAGUGGAGGCCUAGGCAUCAGUCUGGCCGGCAAUAAAGACCGCAGCACGAUGAGCGUGUUUGUGGCUGGCAUCCAGCCCGAGAGCAUAGCAGCCAGAGAUGGACGGGUCCAAGUCGGUGAUGAACUACUCGAGGUAAAUGGUCAGGUGCUUCAUGGCAGGAGCCACCUUAACGCUUCUGCCAUCAUCAAGAGCCUUACAACACCAACUGUCAAGAUCGUUCUGCUAAGACGGGAGGAUUUCCUGGAACAUAUGGCAGUUAAACCUCUGAAAUUAGUGGCAGUUUUGCCCACUCAGGGCUCGGCACCAGAGAGCAGCGUACCAGCACCCCUGGUCCCUCCAGUAACUGAUGACCACAAAAAGGCUGCUGCAAACAUCAAGACUGUAUAUCUGGAAAAGGGUACAACAGGGUUAGGAUUUGCCAUUUGCGAAGCCAUGGAUGAAGGGAAGCUGGGAAUAUUUGUGAAAAAUGUUACACCUGGAGGUGUUGCAGCAGAGGAAGGGACACUGAAAGUGGGAAACCAAAUCCUGGAGGUUGAUGAAACUUCACUGAUUGAUGUUCAUUAUGAUAAGGCAAUUGAAGCAUUGCGGCGAACCCAUGGAACAGUAAAACUAAAAGUGCUUGAUAACGGGCAUGCCUUACCUGAAACGUCCACUCCACCCCAAGGUGUCAUCAAAUUUAACGCUGUUCCAGGGGAGUCUACUACAGACCCAGUUGAGUCUGCAAGCACAACACAGUUGCCUCCCCCUGAUCCAAAAACCUGUACUAUAGAGCCAGGCCGAGAAGUUCAGAUAGAGAUAGAGAAGGGCACCUCUGGGCUGGGAUUGAGUAUUGUUGGAGGUGCUGAUACAUUGCUGGGAACUAUAAUCGUUCAUGAAGUUUAUGCUGAUGGUGCUGCGGCAAGAGAUAACCGCCUUAAACCUGGGGACCAAAUCCUGGAGGUGAAUUAUGAAGACUUACGUGAAGCCUCACAUGAUCGAGCCAUCCAGGUUUUAAGACAAACACCUGCUAAGAUUCAAAUGGUUGUGUUUCGGGAUGAUAACCAGUUGAAGGAAGAGGACUUAUAUGAUAUUUUCACCGUGGAAUUAGUGAAAAAGCCUGGCAAAGGGCUUGGAAUCAGUAUUGUUGGAAAGAGGAAUGACGUAGGAGUGUACAUAUCAGAUGUGGUGAAAGGUGGUGCUGCAGAGGCUGACGGGCGACUGGUGCAGGGAGAUCAGAUACUGGCUGUGAAUGGCAAUGACUUCCGCAGUGCCACACAAGACUAUGCAGCUGCCAUGCUCAAGACAAUAAUGGGCAAAGUGUCAUUAACAGUGGGGAGGUUAAAAGCUGGCUCAAGAGCCUCAUCAAGAAGAAAUUCUGGUACGGGAACAGGUCUCCGUAAAUCUGAUUCCAAUGUGAGCAACAAACUGCGAGGGAAAGCUGCUAAAGGUGAAGACAAACUUGUCCAUGGGAAUACAGUGCGGGUUGUCCAGCUGAAUCGGGAUGAGUCUGGCUCGCUGGGGUUGAGUAUAGCCGGUGGUGUGGGUAGCCCCCUGGGAGAUGUACCUAUUAUGGUGGCCAAUCUUAACCCCACUGGACCUGCUAAUCGCUCACAAAAACUGAAGGUUGGAGAUCAUAUUUUAAGUAUAAAUGGAGAGUCAACAGAAAACAUGACGUUGGAUCAGGCAGUUGCUUGUUUAAAGAAUGCUGCUGGACCAAUAAAGAUGCGGGUAACCCACGGUGAGGAGACCACAGUGAGUGUUAGUGGUCACUCAAGCAAACCAGCUAGUAUAGAUGCAGGCAAUAAACCAUCUUAUGAUGUCGCCACAUCUAAUGACUUUCAGGAGGACUCGUCUGAGCUCCAGUGCAAGACUAUAAUCCUGAAUAGAGGUGCUGAUGGUUUGGGAUUUUCUAUCGUCGGUGGCCACGGAAGUCCUCAUGGAGAUUUGCCAAUCUAUGUGAAAAACGUGUUUUCGAAAGGAGCAGCAGCAGAAGAUGGGACACUGAAACGAGGGGACCAGAUUAUGGCUGUGAAUGGGGAGAGUUUAGAAGGCUUGACACAUGAGCAGGCUGUUAGCAUAUUGAAGCAGGCCAGCGGUACAGUGACUCUUAUGGUAUUGUCUUAGUGAGGUUGUAGACCUCCUUGAGGUUACAGUCCUCGUACAAGAGUCUGUUUUCCUUAAGGUUUACAGUCCUGCUGAGGCUGAUGUCCGGCUGACUGUAAUGUCCUGGUGAGGCUUAAGUGCUGGUAAAGUAACUGCCCUGCUGAGGCUAAUAUUCUGGUGAGGUUACAGUCAUGCUGAGGCUGAUGCCCUGAUGGGGUUAAUAUCCUGCUGAGGCUGUGGUCUUGAUAAAGCGGAUGCCCUGGUGAGGUUGAUGUCUUAUUGAGGCUAAUGCCCUGGUGAGGUUAAUGUCCUGGUGAGGUUGAUUUCCUGGUGAGGUCAGUAUCCUGCUGAAGCUAUAGGUGACAGUGCAGUGUCACUCUGAGGGGCAUGUCCACUAGCCCCCAAGAGUGCGUUGUGUAAUAUCAUCACAAAAAGUCACCCAGGGCUUUAUCACCUUGCUGCUUUGUAUUUUGAGUAGCUUUUGCAAUUCUCAAGCUUCCUCUUUCAUUGACGACAUCAAACAGAAGUGUAUAAAAUGUUUUAGUUAACUUUUUAUUAUCUCCUUUUUUCUAAGUAGAAACCAAGAUUCAUGCUGUUGCCAUGGUUACAGCAAGCUUACUAUAUAUAGAGCAUCAAGUUUUUGUGAAGAUAAUUCAUCACAAAUUCGGACUAAGCCAAUCAUUAUUUUUGUUUGAUGUUUGUUUUACUAAUAAUAUGGCAAUAAUAUGUACUGUUUGUCUUUGAGUGGUGUCCGUUAAAAUCAAAUACAUGUAGUAGGCUAAAGAUUUGAAUUCAUCCUGGAAAAUGCAAGGAUGUGUUGGUGUCCCCAGUAUGCAUGAGUGUAUGUGCACCUGGAAACUAGAUCACAUUAUCCCACAGUUUGUUUUUCUUUUCUUGUAUAUCUUUUCUAUGUAUUAUAUUUAUUAAUAACACAUAUCGUAAGUGAUUAUUUUUGGUUAUGGAAACAUUUUACAUGCUUGUAUUUUAUUUUUGGCCGGUUGUGCCCCUGUGGUAUUAUGGUUGUGCUUUUAUCUUUAUGACUUGUGUUGAAGUUACCUUUUUACUUUUAUCUUUGUCUACAUAUACAUGCGAAAUUUUGAUUUUUAUAUUCAGUGUGUUAUCAUUUCAAAGAGAUAUGGAUGUAUAGUACAAGCUUUGGCAUGUGUGUCCAUGGUGAUGUGAAAUAUCUUGUUCAUCAAAUCACACUUACAGGAGGACAAUUUGAUUGGGGCCAGUGUCGAUUUCAUGAAGCUCACUUAGCUAAGUUUGCCCUUAACUACCAUGACAACGUAUGUUGUAGAAAUAUAAAGUGCACUUAGCUAAGGGCUACUUAGCAUUAAGUAUGCUUCAUGAAACAGGCGCCAGAUUAUAUUUAAGAAGAAACAUGGAGCUCUCAGAAAAGAUGAGGAAGUAGGCUGGCUUAGAAGUCUUCAGAUUUUAGCAUAUCCCUUGUUAUAUAACCACUCAUAGAACAGCCCAGGUUAGUUUAUUGCUGCUUUUAACUAAUGUAGAUUUUUGUACUGUAUUAAAGACCUAUAGCAUUUAGUUCAACGACAAGCAUGACAAACAAUGCAGCAAAAAUGAAGUACAUUGUAGUCCUUGUAACCCACCUUAAAAUUCAAACUUCUCUCUGCAUUUGAUUCAGUGAAAAAUACCUAAUGCAAUACUUAACUUUUUGCUUUCUUUGAUGUUAGGAAUGUUAGCGGACAGUCCUAAUGCCUUUUAAGCAGGGGUGAAGAUGCACACCAACAAAUAUAUCUGUAGAAAACCGGUUAUGUUUGUAAUUUCACCAUAAGUUUAGGAGUUUUUUCAAGUGCAACAUUUUGCUUGAUUGUGAUGGAUGCAUCCACCUAUAAUAUUGGGCCAGCGAUUUUUUUUUUAUGAAGUUUGAUUGAGCUAUGACUAACAGUUAAGUUUUGGGAUCAAAAGUAUCAUUUAUGUGCUUUUGAAAGUCCAUUUUUACAUACCAGACUUAGGGCGAAAUACAGUGUCCAUGCAAGGUUAGUUUAAAGGGCUUUGGAAAAGAGCCAAAUGGUUCGCUUAGGUUGGAAUCUGACUAGUGGUAUUAAUUAUUUGGCACAAGAAAACUGCAAAUACUUAAGUCAGCUUAUUUAUAUAACAUGUUUUUCUUAAUGAUAUCUAGUAAAAGUUAUUUACUCAUGAGCAGCGGAGGUCUGAGGGACAGCCAGAAAGAAUUGGCAUGACUGUUUAACAGUUCCUGUCCAUACAGGCUGUUUCCAAGGAGUGUAAAAACCCAUCAUUGUGUGCUGUUAUACUUCUGUGCGUGUGGACUGUCUCUGGGGUGUACAUACACAACUAGCUGUACAGAAGCGGUGAUCGUGGGUUUCAGAACUCGGCUUUCUCGGACCAUAAUGCUGGUUGAGGGCGUAUAAGUAAAAUAUUCUUGAGUACGAUGUAAUACUCCAUCCAGUCAGAUAAAAAAAUAGAUAUACAGAGACAGAGAUGUGUUACAGGAAAAAUGAAGUAGUCCACUGCUUAGGCAGACUUGUUUUAGUCAGGUAAUGUUCCCCAUCACUGUUUGCUGCAUUGGUCUGGUAUUCUAGGACAGUCACAUUUUCACACCUGCAACCAUUUGCCCAGACUUCACAUGCACUGGGUAUUUUUAGAUGGGACAAGUAAGACAAUUUUUGUUGUUGUUUUGUUUGUUGUAUUCACAUAUCCAUAUUAAUUUUUGUUUUUCUUCGUAGUAUGCCAAUAAUAGCAAGGUUGUGAUGAUCAUAUUCAUUCCGUUUUGUAUUACCCUGGAUCUACACGUAUGUUAUUUAAUAGCGGACAAUUGUAUAAGCGGUGACUACACACUCUGCACCCUCCCCUUUAAAUGUUUACACAAUACUGUUUCACCAUAUUCAGAUUUUAUUAUUACCUAGAUUGUUAAACUUGCAUGGCGUGAUCCUGUAAACUGAUGAAAGUGGAUGAUUGUAGAAUGAAAGGUGUUGUUGAACGUGUAUAAAAUAAUACCAAUAAUUUGAACAAUUCAGAUCCAGGCCCAUGUGUUAAAAAGUUAAAAGAUUUUUCAUGUCGUCACUAUGAUUUUAAUGUUGUUUUAUACUCAUCUGUAUCACGUCUAUCAUACCUAUCUGGUGCAAAGCCUUCCACCUCGCUUAUGUUUAGCAAGUUGUUUAAUUUUUAUAAAUAAACUGCUUUUCUUGAGAAAAAAGUGAAUUCAGAAAGUGUGUUGCAUGUUAUUUUUUUCUGUUUACUGCUGUGUUCACUGUCUGUGAUUGGCCUAAACAUGCAUGGCUACACUGAUUUGAAACAGAGUUGACGGCAUGAGAUAUACCCAGAACUUGCUAGUUACACAACGGAAUCUACAGUAUUAUGAACAAAUUUGGCAAAUAUACCCAUUUUCUUUAAGCCUAAUAACAACAUAUUAGGGAAACAAAAUUUCACCAGAUUAGCUAAAAAAAUCAUGUACACAUUGCAUUACACUCUUGUGGUUUACUCUUUUUUCGGGUUGUUUGAAUGAAAUGCCGUAACUUAAAAGUGAUAUAAUAUUGUUUUUUCUGCAAAUAUUGACAAACAUAUUAAAUACACACAUGUAAGAAAUGACAGUUAACUUCUGAUUAUCAUAAGUUCUAUGAAAAUUCUAUGAAAUAUAAUGCAACAAAACUGUGCAAUGUCACUUUUUUAAAUCUAACCAUUCCGAAAGUUUUUACGAAAUCCUCAUGUUAAGACAAUUGCAGUGACAUUUCUUUGAGAUGGACAGGAAUUUAUGCCAGUCGGCCAUAAAGGAGGUGGUAACUCCCGAGAAAGACACCACUACAUAGCUGUACUAUUAAUGCCAUGCACAGAGUUGUUAACUUAUUGCUGUGCAGCCAAAUGUAGAACAAAUGGUACUUCAAAACAUCAACUUUAAAUGACUUACCCUUUAAGUUAAGGUGAUUAUCUAGUGAAGCUUAAGGAUAAUGCAUAGAUGGUUUAUUUGUACUUCUAUAAAAAAAAAAAACUUGUGUGCAAUAAAGUGUGACCUAUUUUUACUCAGUGAAUCAAGUGUGACCUAUUUUCAGUGUAGGCGAAUCAGGCAUGUGACCUAUUUUCAUUGUUGAUGAAUUGUCAUGUCCUGUUUCUACUUAGUGAAUCAACUGACCUAUUUUCACCGUAGGUCAAUCAUCAAGCCCGAGACAUGUUCACAGUUGGUGAACCAAGUAUGACCUAUUUUCACUAUAGGUAAAGGAUUUGUGCCCAGUCUAAAAUUAUCUCUUAAAACCAGCCCUAGACAGAAUACUAGGGCGCAUCAGAAAUUUCUCAGAUUGCUCAGCUGCUGUAAUAUUUCCCUGUAUGCUUCCUUCACUGUGUACAUGUAGGUUCAAAGUUUUACUCGUGCAGUCAGCAUUCGUUCUAUUUUCGUUUUUGGAUGUUUGCUGUGUCUAAGGUCUUCAUUGUGUGUUGCUUCCAUAUAGUCUUUUAAUAACAUUACAUGUGUAUGUGCCACAAUGUUUUUUGAUUCUUGAAAGUUGAUUGAGGUACAUGUUAUCUACUUAUCGUUCAUUAGUGUUAUUCAAAACCAGUAUGUCAAAUAUUCAUCAACCAGUGCAACGAUGAACGGCAUUGGUCUACACUAAUUUCCAUCCUGUUGUAAUAAGGUGGACUGUACCCUCAGAUACUGACAUGAUGCCACGCUCACCCACGUACCACAGUUGGUCAGCGAGGCUCUUUAAUUCAUUCAAAUUUUUCGUUAAUUUUGUCUAUGCAAUGUGACAGCAAGAGAGACGACUCCAGACAUAUGUUUUAGUUUUAACGUACUCCAUUUUUACAAUAGCUGUGAUGAUACAAUCCCUACAUUCGAACCACGUUCAGAUAUUUGUGAUGAACAUUAUAGAUCUUUUUUCUACAGGUGGUGCCUCUUGUUGCAUGUGCUAAUUUCAUUGCACACUUGUUGCCAUUAGUGUGCCAUUUUCAUUGCACACCUGUUGCCAUUAGUAAACAGCCAGGUGUGAAUAUCCUGGCUUUAUUUCAUUUAUUCAGACUGUUACUGUAAAUGGAGUUUAAAAAACAAAUUAUGUUGUUAUUCUCUAAUAUAAAGACGUAUAUAAGGGUGACUUGUAUUGUUGCAUAAACUUAACUGUAAAUUAU